AUGAGCCGGCCACCCCCAUCUCCCAGGGAGUUUAUAGUGACUCGUCGGCCCCGCAGAACUCCUGGUUAUCUUGUGCCUACCUCUGAGAUUCCCCCGCUUACCCUCCCAGAGCCACUGUACAGUUCACCUUCCUCUGACGACGCUGAACCAAAGGAACUGGUGCUCUCCGAGUUCCGAGCGAGAAUGUCGAAAUCCAAGGACAGCAGCUCCUCCGGGGGCUUUCACCAGGAGUACAUUGCUUCUCUCCGCUACCGAAAUGACCUGCCGCCUCCGGAUAUGCCCCCGAAGUUCCUCGAUAUCCCACAUGAGGGCUUGGACCGUUUCUUGACCCCGGGAUUUGCCUCCAAUUUGGCUCGUCGCGAGGAACCUAACAUUGAUGUUGACGCGGAAGGUGGUAUGCCAAUCGACUUGGUCGGUAUUCCCGGGCUUCACUUGGGUGAUGAGAGCGCGAUUAUGGCCCCUGAGAACCCGGAACCCAUUGACCAGGCUGAUUUGGCGCUUCUGAUGACGCCGGAGCAGCUGAAGAACCCGGCACCGAAGAAUACCAACGUCAGUUUCCUUCGCCGUACGCAGUAUAUUUCCGCCGGUCUUCGGGCGCCUGAUGGCCCCAAGGUCGCUCCCAUCCGGACGAAGCGCGGGAUGGACAAGACCAAGUCGCAGGAUGACCCUACCUACAUCAAGAAAUACCUCCAGAAAGGUUUCGAUAUUGCGUAUCCUCACAGCAAGCACGUCGGUGAAGAUACAGCUAGCAAGAUUAAAGGCCACACUCCCACGAAGCUUGAACACGAUGCAUGGGCUCACCCAGUGCACCCUGAUAACCCUAAGCUGAAGCCUGUCGGAUUCUAUCCGCUCCUCCCCGAUCUGGAAGGAUUCCCGGACCCGGGUGGUUUUGUCCAGUUCAAGUUCGACAAGGCGCCUGUUCAGGAUGUUUCUGGAAAGAGAGACAAGCGCAUGGAUGUGGCUAUAUUGCUUCCAUCGGCACCAGAGGAACGUGUCUGCCAAGAGCACAACACGAAGGCGGCCUUGUAUAAGACGAACCCCAACCUGUACCCUGACCCAGGUCCUAUCCCAUGGGAUUACGAUCUCUAUCUGCCUGAGAAGAAGGAUGCGGCCAAGAAUGUUUCGGCAAGUCUGCGCAUCACCAACCCGGACCGCGAUAACGAAGCGCUGUACACUCAUGACGGAGCCGACAAUACCAAGUUCCACCGCUUCGACCGUGUCCGCACUUACGCUACGAGCGCUCAGACUUUGGGCAACGAUCAGAAGCAAAAGGACAUCGCGUUGACGCUCUUUGACCCGGAGGAAGUGAAGGAUGGAAAGCGCGACGGUCUCGACUCAAGGCAAAGGGCUGCGUACUACUAUCCCAUUCUCGGAAAGACCCGUCUCAAGCCUGAGAGAGCCCGCACCAUCGCCCAGGCCGGUCUGGCACCUACCCGUCCGAAGACCAAGGAGGAUCAGGUCGAUCAGAUCCAAGUGGUGGUGCGCGAUCCCGACGAGGCAGAAGUCUACAAGCGCUCUCUGCACAGGGCCGCCAUUGACCCGAAGUUUGCCGAGUCGAUGCCUCCACCCCCUGAGAACCCGGAGAACGAUGCCGAACCAGCCAAGCAUGAGGAAGAUGAAGGCGAGCACGACGUCGACCGUCAGGCCUCGCCUGAAGACGCGCACGACGAUGCUGGCAAUGAUAGCGACGAGUAACUGGCUCGGCCUUCUAUCAUAUUGCAUCCUCUAGGCGCAAUGACGGCGGCAGGCAUGCCUUCCUGAGUGUAACUUUUGCCUAUGCAUUACAGUUUACAUACCCUUUCAUUUGUCAUUAUGCUAAUGUUCCUUGGACUUGUUCACAUUGCAUGGCCGUCUCCGAAAGGGGUCCGCGCUGCCAGUCGCAUUGAUGGGCUGGUUGGCAGGUAUCGGAGUCGAGGCAGCAAAAGGCGUUGUGUGGCAUGAUCAUCUGGAGUUACGUAGCGAGAGUUUGGUUUUCUUUCAUUGUUGCGGCCGUGCAAAUGCACAGAAACAGGCUGCCCGGGCGAUUGAUGUACAUCCCGUAAAUACUAGUCAACAAUCUAUGAUCC